AUGUUUCGCACAACCUUCUUCACACUCUCUCUCUACCUCCUCUCACUCCUCCCAAGAAGCGCCUCGCUUCCCACAAUCGGAGUCACAUACUCCGCACCCACCACCUCCCCACAACAAGAACACUCCACGGCGCCGCCGCCACGCAUCGCCGCCGCUAUGGAGAAGCUCAACCUAAGAUCCCUCCGUCUAGAAGAACCCGACCCGUCCAUCAUUCGGAGCCUUCUCUACACGAACACCACCGUCUUCCUCACCAUCCCAAACUACAUGGUUAUCCCAAUCGCCGCUAACCGCUCGGUAGCACAGAGCUGGCUGUACACCCACGUCGUUCCCUUUUAUCCACGUGUCAAGAUCACAACCAUCUCCGUUGGCAACGCUUUCCUCGACGUGUACCCGGAAUCCAUUAACAGCCUCCUCCCAGCAAUCUCCAACGUCCACGUGUCCCUACGUGACCUCGGCAUUCGCAAGAUCUCCGUGUCCACGUCAUUCUCUUUCGUCACCGCACUGUCAUCUCCGUUCCCUCCCUCCACCGCACAGUUUCAAGAACCACCCGGCGUAACCCUAAUCGGCCCUCUCCUUCAAUUCUUGCACGACACGAAUUCCUCUUUCUUGAUCAACCUUUACCCUUACAAUCUCUACCGUCUCAGACCUGAGAUCCCUCUUGGCAUUGCGCUUUUCCAAGAACACCCUUUCAACUUCCGUGACGAUUUCACCACCGGCGUUCGUUACCGGAAUCUAUUUGAUAUUAUGGUUGAUGCCGUCGUCUCCUCCCUCGCUGUCGCCGGUUACGAGACCAUCCCCGUCGUCGUGACGGAGACCGGGUGGCCAAGCACCAGCGCCGCUGGGAAUGAGUUCGACGCGAAUUUGGGGUACGCCGAGAUCUACCUCAAGGGUCUGGUGAAGCAUCUGAAGUCGGGAGUGGGUACGCCUCUGUUGAAGGAUGGUGUGCGUGAGGUUUAUGUGUACGAGAUGUUUGAUAAGGAAGGAACGGGAAGAAAUUGGGGGGUUCUGUACCCUAAUGGAACCGCUAAGUACCGUGUUGAUUUUUCCAGUUCCUCUGGUUUUUGUGUGAAUUUGGCGGUGAUGAUGUUUUUGGUUUUGGUUGUGUGGAUUUGUCAUCAGUAG